AACAAAUCCAACCUGUCAAAAAAUUUCUCAUUUUAGUCAACUUUGAAGAUCCUUCAUAGUAGAUAUUCCAGGAUUAUUAUAAACACAGUGAUAUGUGUUGUGUAGAUGAACUGAAGAUUGUCCAUGUCAAGUUUCAAUUGCAAAGAAAAUUAAGUUCGGUGAACAGUUUUGCAUCGUUGGGGAUGAUGCUCUGUUAGGUUCCUGGGACCCUUCAGAUCCAAUACCAAUGUCCUGGUCAGAUGACCAUACUUGGACUGCUGAAACGGUCCUGUGUAUAUGGACAGGAUAUAAUUGCUGGAAAAAGGAUCCAAUACAAGUUCAUAUUGAAAGAGAGAAAGGGGGAUGUUAUUUGGCAGCCAGGGUCAGAUAGACUCAUGCAAACAUGGGAAACUGUUAAUGGAAUAUCAGUCUUUGAGGAUUGGGACAGUGCAGGACUUCAGAUGAUAACAGAGGAACUGCAGCAUCAACACUCAAAUGAGGAAUCCAAGCAGCAGGAAAAGCCAUCAAAGAAUACAGAUCGUAACGAUGAGCAAUAAGAAGCUGAUAGACCCACGCAGAUUAACCCCAGGGGAAAGGUUACUUCAAUCAAGAAUCAGGAAACACAAGUUGAUGACUAAAGUCUGUUUGAAUUUUGACGGUGUACCAUGACUUUGCACCACCAGUUUUGCCAGACGAAGAAUCUAAUUCAGGUGAAAUAGUUUCACGAAGUUAACAAAAACUAAAACAAUCUUGAAUUCUCUGAGGAUUUUUUGUGUGUGACCAAAAUGAAUUCUUUGCAAGUCAAAAGCACAAUAAUAAAACUGGAAACCUCCUUGCCAGUUUCCUCUGUAUGAACACAUUUUCUUUCUAGUGAACUGAUCUUGGUUCA